AUGGACUCAUCGCAUGGUACAACAAGCCGUAGCCCCGAGCCGGUUACCAUCUCGACUCCAACAGGCAACCAGUGGCAAGUUCCGUCGGGCAUCUUUAUCAACAAUAGCUUUCACGCGUCGGUCUCUGGCAAGACAUUUGACUCGAUCAAUCCGGCCACGGGCGAAAAGCUCUGUACGCUCGCUCUUGGUGGCGCUGCCGACAUUGAAGCAGCCGUGAAGGCAGCUCGAACUGCAUUCAAGACGACAUGGGGCAAAAAAUCGACGCCUACGCAACGAUCACAGCUGCUGCUCAAGUUUGCUGACCUGGUGGACAAGAACCUCGACGAACUGGCCGAGCUGGAAAGCAUGGACAACGGAAAGCCUGUUUGGAUGGCGAGCAGCUUCGACGUUCCUGAUUCUGCCGCGUGUCUGCGCUACUACGGUGGCUUAGCGGACAAGAUCGAGGGCAAAACCAUCGAGCAGACCGAAGGAGAAAAGAUCGCCUACACGCGCAUCGAGCCGCUUGGUAUCUGCGGUCAGAUCAUCCCGUGGAAUUAUCCCAUUCAAAUGGCUGCUUGGAAGUUAGGACCCGCGUUGGCAGCGGGCAACUGUGUCAUCCUCAAGCCCGCCGAACAGACGCCGUUGACAGCACUCAAGCUUGCCCAACUCUCGGUUCAGGCUGGUUUCCCAGCCGGUGUGAUCUCGGUUGUCAACGGUUAUGGUGCCGAAGUGGGCGAGGCAAUCUCGAGGCACAUGGACAUCCAAAAGGUGGCCUUCACCGGUUCUACUGCCACGGGCAAGCGUAUCAUGAAGGCUGCUGCCGAGAGCAACAUGAAAAAGGUUACGCUCGAACUUGGCGGAAAGUCGCCCGUGGUGGUGUUCGAGAGUGCCGAUAUCCAACAGGCUGUGCGAUGGGUCUGCUUGGGAAUCCUCUUCAAUCAAGGCCAAGACUGCACCGCUGGCUCGCGUCUCUUUGUUCAAGACAGGAUCUACGAGAGUUUUAUGGAGCAGCUCGUCGCAGCUUUCAAGGCUCACAAAGUAGGCGAUCCAUUUCACCAGCUUACAUUCCAGGGACCUCAAGUCAGCCAGCAGCAACAGGAAAAGAUCCUCGACAUGAUCGAAUCAGGCAAGCGACAGGGCGCCAAAGUCGAGGUUGGCGGUCAAGCGUGGAAGAGCGCAGAUUCCAAAUUCAACAAGGGCUUCUUUGUUGAGCCCACCAUCUUUUCUGGAUGUCGCAAAGGGAUGCGCAUCGUCGAUGAAGAGAUCUUCGGGCCCGUUCUGGCCGUAGCCAAGUUCAGCACGGAAGAAGAAGCGAUCCGACUUGCCAACGAGACCGUUUACGGUCUAGGAGCUGGCGUCUUCUCCGAGAAUGCCAGUCAAAUCCAGCGUAUGGUAUCGGCGAUCGAUGCAGGCACCGUAUGGGUGAACAACUACGUGGCGCUGAGCAAUUCGGUGCCAUUCGGUGGAAUGAAGGCGAGUGGAUUCGGUCGAGAGCUCGGUGUGGAUGCCAUCAAGGCCUACUGUGAUGUCAAGGCGAUUCACUGGAACUAUGGCGAGAAGCUCGAUUGGCCGCUUCCCAAACUGUAA